GCAAACCACCCGGCGGGAGAUUGUGUUGUGGCUCUAACAGGAAUUUUAAUUGUUUGUUUGAAAGAUCCACACGUACCUGGUGAGCGGUCGGCCCGGAGCUGUGAACCACAGUACAACUCUGCAGGAAUUCACCCAGGCAAGAUACGUGCGACUACGUUUUCAGGGUCUUCGACGCAGCGGCGAAGCUUUCGCCGACAAAAGACGUGCCUUUUACUCGAUAAAGGAAAUUAACAUUGGAGGACAAUGUCUGUGCUCGGGACACGCGUCUCGUUGUCUGUACAGCGUUCAUCACGGGCAUUAGGAAUGCCAAUGCGAGCGCCACACGUGCGGCGAAAGAUGCGAAAAAUGCUGCCCCAUGUACAAUCAGAUUCCUUGGAGGCCCGGCACAGCUGGCAAGGGCUUUCACUGCGAGAUGUGCAAUUGCAACGGCCACGCAACGUCCUGCAUAUACGACCAGGAAGUGGCCGACAGGAGAAUGUCCAUGGAUAUUCGUGGGAAACACCGAGGCGGUGGCGUGUGCGUCAAUUGCACGGAUCAUACGGCUGGUAUUAAUUGUGAAAACUGUGAGAGCGGCUACUACAGGCCAAACGGCGUUGCGCCUGAUGCAUCAGAACCAUGCUUGCCCUGCGACUGCAACAUACAUGGUAGUACAGGCUACUGCACUCCUGACGAUUCCUACACGCGUAUGGGAAAGGUAGCAGGUGCCUGCGAGUGCAAGCCGGGAUAUUCGGGAUACAAGUGCGAUCAAUGCGCGGCUGGUUAUCGACAAUUUCCCGAUUGCAUGCCGUGUCCCUGCGAUUCCCGAGGGAUUCUGCCAUCUCACGAUUGCGAGGGUGACUGUUUGUGCAAGGCGAAUGUCGCCGGGGACUUUUGCGAUCGGUGCAAAUCGGGAUACUUUGCGCUCACCAAGGAUAACGUCGAUGGCUGCUUGUCCUGCUAUUGCUUCGACGCAACAGAUCGCUGCACCACCGCAACAUUAUCGUACAACAUGAUCUCUACAUUAGAGAACUGGUUGGUGACCGACAUGAACGCGUCUCGGCCAGUCGUCCCCACCUUGGACACGGACAACGGAUGGUUAACCGUGGCGGCGUUCGAGGUCGAAUAUGACAGCCCUUUCUGGCUGGCGCCAUUGAUCUACACGGGAAAUCGCGUAUCUUCAUACGGCAGCAAUCUCACGUACUCGGUUACGUGGGUUGUCAUGCGAGGCGACACCAGCGGUAAACCCACCACGGAGCCUAGCAUUAUUCUAGUUGGUAACAAUGGGAUGCGCAUAGCGUACGGCGAAGAACAAUACACUGGUCAAGAAGCUGAAAUCGUGGUGCCUCUACGAGAACAUGGCUGGUAUCAUGUGCGAAGCGAAGUGCAGGACAUUUCGACGAAACCGAGGUUGAGAAGAACCGAGUUUCGCGGCGAUCCUGUAACGAGGAUGCAGAUGAUGCGUGUCCUCGCUGAUCUGAAGUACCUGAUGAUAAGAGCGCGGUAUCAUUCGGAGCAGAUCGAGGGAAGUCUCCAAUCUGCCAUAUUGGCGGUGGGCGAAUUAUCGCCGGAUGGCGAAACCGACAAUUUAGUCGAAAUAUGCGAGUGUCCCGAGGGAUACACGGGAAUGUCAUGCGAGAGAUGCGCUUGGGGAUACGUGAGCGAGCCGAUCAACGGUUCCGAUCAUCAGGAUCAUCACGUAUGCGUGAAAUGCGACUGCAACGGCCACGCGGGCUCUUGCGAUCUCAUGAUGGGUGAAUGUGGAAUUUGCGAACAUCAUACAGUGGGUCCAAAAUGCGAUCGUUGCGCUAUAGGAUAUUACGGUAUCGCAACGAGAGGCACCAGCGAAGACUGUAAGAAAUGCGCUUGUCCACUUUCCAUCGAAUCCAACAAUUUCAGUCCGAGUUGUCAGCUUGAUGAACCGACUGAUAUUAACAGUGGAUAUGUAUGCACGCAAUGUCCCGAAGGCUAUACCGGAGAUCAUUGCGAAAGUUGUGAUGUAGGAUUCUAUGGCAAUCCUAUGACGCCCGGUGGUAUCUGCCAGCGGUGUCCUUGCAAGGGUGGUGCCUGCGAUCAGGAAACGGGUCGUUGCUUAGAGUGCCGCGGCAAUACCGAAGGCUGGAAAUGUGACAGAUGCAAGGAGGCGCAUUUCGGGAAUCCUUUGGAUCAGAAUUGCAUGCCAUGCAACUGCUCCCCCUUCGGUAGCAAUUUGGUCCAAUGCGAGCAGACGACCGGUCAGUGUCCCUGCCGGCUUUUGUUCACCGGUCGUGACUGUUCCUCCUGCAUCGAAGGCUACGGGAACGUGACUGCAGGUUGCCGGGAAUGCGACUGCGACGUGGGUGCCACGAGCGACGGACUCUGCGAUUCCGUAAGCGGCGUAUGCAGGUGUGCGCCUGGCGUCGUCGGCUUCCGGUGCGAUCGCUGCGACGUGGACCACUACGACCUAUCGGCGAACGGCUGCAAAGGAGGUGCUACUCUUCCAGAAGAAGGUCCAGAAAUUGCGCCUAUUGGUGCGUUCGAUCCAGCAUUCCUCAGUCGACAGUGUGAAAAUGAGAUUCUCGUGCGACAACCUUUGGCGAUACGCGUAACGAAUUGCGACGACAGAUUACGAUCGAUGGGGGACAACGCGGAGAUGCGCAAGCAUGGUACGAUGCUACCUACUACUAUACGCGCGAUCGUUUGUGGCCCCUCGAAUUGCGGUAAAACCAACGUUCUGAUAAGCCUGCUGGAAAGUCCGCACGGUGUACGUUUCGAAAACGUGUACGUGUACUCAAAGUCGUUGCAACAGCCGAAAUAUCGAUAUCUGGAGAAUUUGCUGACAUCGAUCGACGAAAUCGGCUACUUCACGUUCUCCAACAACAGUGACGUCAUUCCGCCGAGCGAGGCGCGUCCAAACUCGAUCUUCGUGUUCGAUGACGUGGCAUGCGAUAAGCAAGAUGCGGCGUUCGAUCCAGCAUUCCUCAGUCGACGGUGUGAAAAAAUGAGAUUCGUGCGACAACCUUUGGCGACACGCGUAACGAAUUGCGACGACAGAUUACGAUCGAUGGGGGACAACGCGGAGAUGCGCAAGCAUGGUACGAUGCUACCUACUACUAUACGCGCGAUCGUUUGUGGCCCCUCGAAUUGCGGUAAAACCAACGUUCUGAUAAGCCUGCUGGAAAGUCCGCACGGUGUACGUUUCGAAAACGUUGAAGUCAUUCCGCCGAGCGAGGUGCGUCCAAACUCGAUCUUCGUGUUCGAUGACGUGGCAUGCGAUAAGCAAGAUGCUGUGAGAGAGUACUUCUUAAUGGGUCGGCACACGAGCGUUGACUGCUUUUAUUUCUGUCAGACGUACGCAAGAAUACCUAAACAUCUGAUACGCGACAACGCGAACCUGCUGAUCCUGUUCAAACAGGAUGGUACCAAUCUGAAACAUGUGUACAACGAUCACGUGAAUACCGAUAUGCCGUACGAUGAAUUUUGCGCGUUGUAUCGCGAUUGUUGGCAGCGCAAGUACGGAUUCGUAGUGAUAGACAAAGACAGCUCGCUCAACGAUAAACCUCGCGCUUUGAAGACCGGUAAGAUCGAGGAGGAUAUCGUGUUGGACAGGCACUUUAGAUCUCUCAUCGGACCGCUACAAAAGAUCGUCGACAACUCUAGCUCAAUCGCGGUGAAGAACGAGCCUGGGAGUAACACUGACGCGGGGAUCGAAGCGUUAUCCAUCCCGAAGCUGAGAACCAUACAACCUACGAUACCCGAAUUAUUCGCGAGCCAGGAUGUUUUUGAAACCACGGACGACUCGCUCGUGACAUCCGUUCGAAAUCAGUUGCAAACGCCAGAAGUUCAAGAAACGUUGCGAGAUCAGUUAGGUCCACUGGGUCAAAGGUACAUCUGGCCUGUCCUGAGUGGCGAUCAAGAGAACGGUAUAGACAACGUGUACGGUGUUUAUCUCGACAAGAAUGGAAUGAUGUUUGGUAAUAAAUUUUUUGACGUGGACAACGCGGAUAGCAUAAUUAUCGACGGCAUACGAUACGUCGGCAAACCUGGUCUUUACGAGUUGAUCUUCAAGAAAUUCCCCGAUGACGUUAUCUAUACGGAAGAUGAUAAGCAAACGUACAAGAGCAUGCUGUUGACGACGAGCGCGCAUAAACGCAAUCACGAUGCGCAUGGUCGAUUACUAAGCAACAGGGGAUACAAGUACAAAGAAAUAAUCCCAAAGUUGAUACCGAUCGAACCCAAGAAAAAGAAAUCUGGACAGGGAUUAUUCGUGCCUCGCGAAAUGAUGCUAACCAACAACAAGAUCGACUACGUGCACUGGGACGAUCCCAACGAGCUGGUGGAUCGUCUACGAUUGCUCGAUGCUUUGCACCAAGCGGGCCACAACGACAAUGAAAUCCUGUCGAUCAUCGAGGAACUUCGCGAAGUUGGCAUUAUUAUAAAUUAA